CCGCUUGUUGUCUUGCUUGCAGUCUUUCACACCCACGAGUCCGGACUACCCGCCAUGUCUGAAAUGAAAUCUGUGGCGUACUUUGUCAACUGGGCAAUCUACGGCCGGAAUCACAAUCCUCAAGACCUGCCUGCAGACAAACUCACUCACAUUCUCUAUGCCUUCGCCAACGUUCGUCCCGAGAGCGGGGAGGUAUACCUGACAGAUUCGUGGUCCGACGUCGAGAAACACUACCCCUCCGACUCGUGGAACGACACCGGCAACAACGUCUACGGUUGCGUCAAGCAGUUGUUCCUUUUGAAGCAACAGAACCGGAAGCUUAAAGUCCUACUCUCGAUCGGAGGAUGGACUUACUCGUCAAACUUUGCGCAGCCCGCGAGCUCGGACGCAGGCAGAACCAGAUUCGCAGAGACGGCUACCCGGCUGGUCUUGGAUUUAGGAUUUGAUGGUCUGGAUAUUGACUGGGAAUAUCCCAAAGAUGAUAACGAGGCACAACAUCUGGUGCUUCUGCUACAGAAAUGUCGUGAGACUCUUGAUAGAGCAGCUGGCCCAAACCGGAAAUUCUUGUUGACGAUUGCCUGCCCGGCUGGCGCACAAAACUACACCAAGCUCAGGCUCCCCCAAAUGACACCAUACCUUGAUUUCUACAACCUGAUGGCCUACGACUACGCGGGCAGCUGGGACAGUGUUGCGGGGCACCAAUCGAAUCUCUAUCCGUCAUCCAACAGCCCAGCAUCGACACCCUUUUCGACUGUUGCCGCGUUGGCCCAUUACACACAGGUAGGUGGUGUGCCACCCUCGAAGAUCAUCCUAGGGAUGCCGCUGUACGGCCGGGCCUUCACCAACACGGCCGGCCUCGGGGCGCCGUUCUCGGGCACCGGCGAGGGAAGCUGGGAGCAAGGCGUGUGGGACUACAAGGCACUGCCGCGGCCGGGAGCCAUGGAACAACUGGAUGCGCAAGUCGGGGCGUCGUGGAGCUACGACGCUGGCUCGCGCACCCUGAUCUCGUACGACAACGUUUCUAUGGCGGAGCAGAAGGUCGACUUUAUCCAGCGAUACGGGCUAGGCGGGGGCAUGUGGUGGGAGAGCAGCGGCGAUAAAGGCGGACCCGCGGCCAGAAAGACGGACGGCAGCUUAAUCGGUACCUUUGUCGAGGGGGUGGGUGGUGUGGCGGCGCUGGAUCAGUCGUGGAAUGCGCUCGAUUUCCCCGAAAGCAAGUAUGAUAACUUGAGGGGAGGAUUUAGAUGAAACCUCGCAUCUAAAUACGGCUUGCUAGGUAUCUACGGUUGGACAGCAACAAGUGACAAGAAUUAUGGAUGUUUUUUUUUUCAUUCAAAAAAAAGUAGCUACCAUAAAGCCUGUCUUCCCGCAACUUCUACCAAGUAUGGAAAAUUUACUUGGACUCGUCGAAGACGUAGGUGAGGUGGCACUUGCCGCAGUACUGGCGGUUGUGCAUGGCGGCCAUGAAGACACCGGCACCGCACUCGGGAGCGGGGCACUCGCGACGAAGACGCUCGAUCUUGCCAUCACCGU